GAGUAAUACAGAGGCAGAGAGACCUAGGUUUUGGAUUUCGCCGGGCUUGAUCUGACAGGAACGACGGGAGCUCAGCCGGGCCGGCCUGUCCGAUUCCUUCAGUUAUUUCCUCUCCUUCACUUUUAUUCAUCAACCUUUCAAGCUAGAAUAUUCAUCUUCUCUUUGUGCCCUGGGAUUCUUUGUCUUGUCAACACGCCUACGGACGCCAACCUACAGCUAUAUAAGCCUUAUUAGCCUACCAUUUCCCCAGCUCAGCCCCGCUCACCCGUCAGCUGCAAACCCCAAAGCUUCAAGCCACUUGACGUCGCAAUAGUUGCAGUGUCGGUAUCAGCUUUUGCAUGAUGCCGCGUCCUAAGAAGAGCUCUUCGGUGAGCAGAUCUCACCGCUCAACAUUAUCUUUAUCCAAAACUGAGAUCACUAUACAUGUCUAUGAUCUACUGCCGCCCGGCCGAUUAUCGUCGGUAUUAUGGACAGUAGGCGCCUCACUACUUCACUCAGGUGUCGUGAUCAAUGGGAGGGAAUACGCCUAUGGCGGACAUGAUAAAAGAGGCCUUACAGGUGUAUACUGGACAAAGCCCCGGACCGAACCGCCCGGAGGCACGUUUCGAUGCGAGAUCCUGCACGGAUUCACUCUUGCGACAGAAGACGAGAUUAAUGCGACUCUGCAAUCUGCCUCUGAAGAGUUUCUGGGCACUUCAUACAAUCUUCUCACCAAGAACUGCAAUCAUUUCACCUCUUAUCUUUGCAAGAGGCUUACAGGACAGUCGGGUCCAGCAUGGUUGAAUCGUGCCGCCAGUAUUGGAGUUGCGCUCCCUUGUGUCGUCCCUCGAGAUUGGAUUGAACCACCCGAAUAUGACACCAGCGAAGGUGCCCUGUUGGAUGAUUAUGACAAUUCGAAUGAGAAUUCUCAUAUGUUGAAAGCGACUCAUCCCCAUCUGCUAAUGGAAAGCAACGAUAGCAACGAAGAUGACGAGUGGGAUAGCGCAGAAGAAAGACGACGAGGCGGCAGCGGGAAGGGCAAGCAAGCCCUCCGCGAUUCCGCCGGGCGCCGUUUACCACCAGCUGAAAGGGCCAUCCGAUGAUAGAGUAUAAAUGAGGCUGCGGUGUUGAGUGGAGUUUUGGCGUUUCGAGGUACCGUUUCCAUGGAUUAGCACGAUACCAAUGACUUUACAGUCCAGGAACAGAUCAUUCGUUUGGGAACUUGCAAGCAAAGCAAGCUGUGUCUUGUUCAUUUGUAUAGUACAGGUCGUACAGAGUAUAGUACAUUCACUUUCUCAACCUCCGCGGCGAAGUGAUAUUCUCAUGUGAACAUAUUCCCAAAAAUGUGCCCAAAUUCCAAUCCUAAUCCAAAAUUCCAGACUUUUAUAGACGUCUAGGCUUCUCACUCCUGGUACCACCAAACUUGAUUCUAGUCGAGUCGGCCACACGGACAAUCUUAUCUCGUAAGACCUUACCCUCGGGGCUCAUCAGAACCUUCAGAGCAGCCUCUCGUCCCUGACCGAAGCCUCGUAGCACAACCUCUAGUCGGUUCAUCUUCAUGGGCCAGCCGUUGUGGAUUAAUCGCUCCAGGACAUACUUGGUGAGAGAGUAGGCGGAAUCGAAUAGACCACGACGAGACUUGCGAAAACCAAUGUUGCCGGCUGACAGAGAGAUAAUUGGUUCUCGGUUGGGCUUGGUGCAAGUAAUGUGGGUGUUGUGCUUGUGAGAGUAGAUGUGGAAGUGGUAUGGCUCGAGAUCGUCCUCCUUUGCCUCGACCUGUCGACGGGUAUCUCUGGAUAGUGUGCUCGUAUCGAUGUUGGAAGACUUGUCAAGUGUCUGGAAGACAAGGCUUUGGGAGAGGUUGGCCAUGGCAUUGUUGGGGGAGGGUUUCGUCUUGGACGUCUCUGAGGGGCCGUAGAUGUUCUCUAACAGCGAGGCCGUACUGGGUCGGCUGGGUGCCCUUCUGGGUUUAUCAUCGCGGUUGGACUUUGUCUGGGAGAUGGAGCGAGCGAUUUGAAAUGACGACUUUGGGACGGUGGCUCGGGAGGUUAGAAAGAGCGAUUGCGCCGCGAGGCGACUUGUCAAUGAGCGACUCAUUUUGUUCGCAUUUGCCUGGUCCUGUCGUCAAUUGGUGAUCUGCCUCUGGCAAUUUUUACUCGCGGCUGUAAACUUCCCCCACG